GCGCCGUGGCCUGAGAUGGCCGGCGGGGUUGGGCGGCGCCAGCGUAGUGUCGCCCUCCGCAGCAGGAGUAGCGACCCCGGUGUCAGCAACGACCGCGCGGCCUCUUGCGAGUCCCCGGCAGCCCGGCCCGAGCGUCCGCGGCAGCCUCCUCUCAGAAUGAAGAUGUGGCUCCUUAUAAUUGUGGCAUGUUUGAUCCAAGAAAUUGUAAGUUCAGAAGCAUUUGUCAGAAGAAGAAGAAAUGUGGAUCCUGAAACAUCUAUGAAUAUUAGUGAAAUUGUUACCUACAGAGGCUACCCCAGUGAGGAGCAUGAAGUGGUGACUGAAGAUGGAUAUAUCCUUAGCAUUAACCGAAUUCCUCAUGGGAAGAAAAGCCAUGGGAUGAAGAAGGGUCUAAAGCCUGUUGUUUUUCUGCAGCAUGGUUUGCUUGCAGAUGGUAGUAACUGGAUCACAAAUUUGGACAACAACAGCCUGGGCUUUAUGCUGGCAGAUGCUGGCUUUGAUGUUUGGAUGGGAAACAGCAGGGGGAACACUUGGUCCAGAAAGCAUAAACACUAUACAGUGAAGCAAGAAGAAUUCUGGGUUUUCAGUUUUGAUGAAAUGGCUAAAUACGACCCUUCCUGCCACUAUAAACUUAUUGUGAAUAAAACUGGACAAGAGAAAAUCUAUUACAUUGGCCAUUCACAGGGUACCACUAUAGCUUUCAUCGCAUUUUCAACUAUGCCAGAGCUAGCUAAGAAAAUAAAAAUGUUUUUUGCAUUGGCACCUGUAGCCACAGUCAAGUUCUCCACUACCUCUGACAAACUCGGCGUGCUUCCAGAGCUGCUGCUCAAGGAUAUGUUUGGAAAGAAGCAAUUCCUUCCCCAGAAUUCACUGCUGAAGUGGCUUGCCACUCAUGUUUGUACCCACCAAUUACUUGAUGACCUUUGUGGCAAUUUCUUCUUUCUUAUAUGUGGCUUUGAUGUGAAAAACUUAAACAUGAGCCGAGUUGACGUGUAUUCAACACAUUGCCCUGCUGGGACAUCUGUACAAAACAUGAUCCAUUGGAGCCAGGCUGUUAAAUCUGGGGAACUCAAAGCUUAUGACUGGGGAAGCAAGGCUGAAAAUUUGGUUCACUAUAAUCAGUCUACCCCUCCUUUCUACAAAGUAAAAGAUAUGACUGUGCCAACUGCACUGUGGACUGGUGGACAUGACUGGCUUGCAGACUGGAAGGAUAUUGGCAUAUUGCUCACCCAAGUCACUAAUCUGGUUUACCACAAACACAUUCCUGAAUGGGAACAUCUGGAUUUCAUCUGGGGUCUCGAUGCACCUCAUCGCAUGUAUAAAGAAAUCAUUAAAGAGAUGAGCGCACAUCUGUAAAGCUGCUUGGGCGGUGUGGGGUUAAAAUCUUGCUAAAUGCCUCUCUUGGAAUGUGUGGUGUUGUCUUGGAAAUAGCACCACAUCUUUAUUUAUAAUGCCUUUAAAAAUGCCAAUAAUGGCCACUGGUUUGGAUUAAUAUCUAUUUUUGAUGUAAACAGUGUUAUUUCUUUCACCCUUACAUUCCCUUUGCUAUCCUGCUGGCUUCAUGCAAUGUGGUAAUACUGUCAGAAAACAGUAAUGUGCCUUUGCCUAGAGGAAAUAUUUUAAAUCCAUGUAAAUUUAUUGAUAUGUUUAAAAGACAAAUUAACCCACUUUGCAUGUCAGGAGCCUGAAAGUUCAAAAGAUAAGCACUUGCCCCUGAAUAAAAUAUUAACAUUGAUUUGAAAAUCAAAUACAGUUGAACCUCAGAAUUACAAACACUUGAGACUGGAGGUUGUUUGUAACUUUGAAAUGUUUAUAACUCUUAACAAAACAUU